AUGUAUGUUGUCGAAAUUGGCCAAUGGGAGUGCUCCGAUGAUGAAAAUAAGGAGUCCGAUUUCCGACAUCAAUGUCUACUUUUAUUCCUCUACAAUGUCUACUUGAAUUUCUCAUUAGAGAAAAACUCUCUUGAGACUUUUAUUGGUCCUCGAGAUGAACAGAGUGUUCUACGCAUGGCUUUGGCGCAAAUCAAGUUUAAAGCUAAAUUGUCCUCAGAAGAACUGGAUUUACUUUGGAUCGGGAUAUGCAGGCAGAGGCUGUUCUGUUUCCAAACCAAUUAUUGUGAACUUGUUCAAACUGUUGAGGAUAUACUCACCACUUGUAAUGUCAUCGAUCGACUUCACCUACUAAAGGCCGUAAAGACAGAAUAUGAAACAAACGCUCCGCUAAUGGAGACUUUACAUGCCACUGAAUACCUUGUUGUAACAAGCCAACUCUCGUGGUUUGAGUCCCUCGUGGUAUCUCUACUGAUUGAAAUCGGUGUACCACACCUACGAUUCGUCAAUACUCCAGAAUUCAAACCAUUUCACUCACUGCAACUCUGUUCUACCCCACCGGAACGCUACACCGAGGCCGAACCUCUAUCGCGUGCUCUCCUGGCGUAUCUGGCAGUUGGAGUGAAUAUCAGGAACACUAUUGAUUUGGCUCUCAUUAUUAACAAGCCUUUUCGAGGUUUCAGCAAAUCUUUCUUUGCUAUUCUUCGUCAUGUUGCUGAAAACUCUUCUAUUCUUCCUGGGCAGCUGGUACUCUCCUAUCCAGCAUGCAUGACAGAAUCGGCCGCAACUUCAACUUUAAGCGAGCAAAACGCUAAACUCUUGCGACCUUCUAGCCCCAACUUGACUCAUCUUGCUAAUACUAUCCGCAGUUGUCAGGACGCUCUCUCUGGUUACCUUAGUGACGAUUCGACGCUGGCCGCUAGUAGCGAGUUUGGACGUAUGUCCACGCAGUCGGCAGCCUCCGCUGUCUGUGCUUGCUUUACUGCGGCUGUAAAAGCCUUCAGCCUCUCAAGACCCGCCUGGCCCCUUGAGACUGUCAAAGAAGCUAAGGGAAGGUUGUGCAGGGAAUUGGAGGUGCUUAUGUCCUCCCCAUUGGUGUCCGGUAUGGAACCUUUUCUAACUUCAACUCCGAAUCGGCCGACCCACGCAGGCGGAUCGAUUCAGGGUCGAACGGCCUUCAGACUGGCACGUCUCUUUCUUCUCUUUGAAGCAGCAGGCCAGGUGGCUGCGACCCGUCUCAGUCCCUCUUGUUACACGCCCAAAACACCACUUGGGCAGCGCACCUUCUCUGCCUUCUUUCAGUCACCUUCCUCCGCUGAAACUACACCUCCAGCUGCUACUGCUACUGACACGCUGAAGGCUGAGGAGGAUAACAUAGCAUAUCGUGCUAUUAAACUCAAAUAUUCGUCUCACAUGUGGCUUCGUCCCACAACAGGUGAUUUGCCCGUGGAUCAGGCAGUCGUUCCGUGCUCUGCUUCAGUGUUCAUAGUGUCGAAUGACUACUCUACCGUGCUUUUGGGUUGGGAAUGGAACCACUAUGGUCGGAGUCGGCGUCAACAGACACAAGAGCGGUCAGUAACAUAUAGGCCCCGUCUUCCUCUAUCUGCUUCCGUGAAGAAGCCGAGGAGACUGUUUGGUGAUGACUGCGACGAGGAAGGAGAAACCCAUUCCGCAGAGGAUCCCGAAGUAAAGGAGGUCAAUCCAAGGGCAUCAAAAUCGCAACAAGCAAGGUCCUUUAACCAGACUAGGCUGAAGUCAUUGCACAAGGCCCCUCCAACCAAUCAGCCUACGAUUUUGGGCUUCUUAAAGCGGAAACCCUGA